AUGGCUAACGGUAUUGCAUUUUUCAUCUUAGCGUUGGCGUUUUCUUGUUUUGCACUUUCCUCUUCCAUGAAUGUGCCCUUUGAGGGGAAUGGUCGUGGUGAAAUCGUAAGGGACCUUGAAGAGGAGGAGGUCACGAUGGAGUCUGAGAGUGCUAGACGAGUUCUAGCAGGAAGGGGCUACAUCAGCUAUGGUGCACUACAAAAGAACAAUGUUCCAUGUAAUCAUCGUGGUCACUCUUAUUACAACUGUAAUAGUAGACGUCAAGCUAACCCGUAUCGUCGGGGUUGCAAUAUUAUUACCAGGUGCGGUGGCCGAUAA